UAGCAUACAGCUCUGUGAUUGGUCACUCCUCCCUUUGAUUUGCAUUGCCUGCCCCUUUCCCUUCAGUCAGUUUCUGGAGCUUGCUCUUCUUGCUAUAAUGCAGUGCUGGGGCUGUGGUUUGGGAGAAGGCUUUUCGCUGCUGCUGUUGAAAAAUUGCUCAUUAGGAAAGACUGGACUUUCUCUGCGUUUGGCUUUUUGUGCAGGACUUGUUCUUUCCCUUUUAUUUUUUUGUUUUGCUGUGAAGCAAGCAAGCAACUAGCCGUCAGUGUGUGCAAAGACUAAGUGAAAAGAACUGCAGUCUAGCUCCCUUUCCUCCCCUGUAGUUUUACUGUGCAUUAUGAAGUGCAGCUAUGGCAAGAAGAGGUAAGAGAGCCGUGAGGACACUGGAAGAUUUAACCCUGGAUUCUGGGUAUGGUGGUGCUGCGGAUUCCAUCAGGUCCUCAAAUUUGUCCCUGUGUUCUGAUUCUCACCCGGUAGCUUAUGCCCAUGGAGGAAACGUUUGGCAUCUAACUGACUCCAUGCACAGUAGACACAACAGCUUUGACACGGUCAACACUGUCCUGGCUGAAGACUCUGAGGUCCUGGACUGCUCGGGACAGUGCUCCAGGCUGCCUGACCUUGAGGAAGUCCCCUGGAGCAUUGAAGAGCUGGAAGCUCUUUUGAAGAAAGAGCAGAUGGUGGUGGGAACUAGUAGAGAUGUCCUCUCCAAACUGUCUGCCCUGUUCAGCAGGGCUCUGGUCAGGAUUGCCAAAGAGGCUCAAAGGCUGAGCCUUCGCUUUGCCAAAUGUACCAAGUACGAGAUCCAAAGUGCCAUGGAGAUAGUGUUGGCAUGGUCUCUAUCGUCAAGCUGUACCGCUUCAGCCCUCAGCGCCCUGUCUCUUUACAACAUGAGCACUGGGGAUAGGCUCAGCAGGGGCAAGUCAGUGCGCUGUGGCCUCACCUUCUCUGUCGGGAAGUUCUAUAGGUGGAUGGUGGACAGCAGGGUGGCCUUGAGGAUCCAUGAGCACGCGGCCAUCUAUGUGACGGCCUGCAUGGAGACCCUAUUCAAGGAGAUUUACAAGAGGGUCCUGGCAUUGCCUCGUCCGGAGAAAGAAAACGAGGUACCAAACUUUACCGCAGAGUCCAUGGAGCAAGCAAUUAACAACGAUUCAGAGUUGUGGGGACUGCUUCAGCCCUUCCAGCACCUUAUCUGUGGUAAAAAUGCAAGUGGAGUCCUCGGCCUUCCAGACACUUUGAACCUUCAUAGAGAACAGCAAAGGUCCAAUAAACCAGGUGAUGUACAGAUGUUUAGCCAAUCAGAACUGAGGACUAUAGAGCAGUCAUUGCUUGCCACACGGGUGGGCAGUAUUGCUGAGCUCAGUGAUCUGGUAUCCCGUGCAAUGCAUCACCUUCAGCCUCUCAAUUCAAAGCAGCACAGCAAUGGGACCCCAAUGCAUCAUAAGCAAGGACCUCUCUACUGGGAACCCGAGGCCCUGUAUACGUUGUGUUAUUUCAUGCACUGCCCCCAUAUGGAAUUUGAGAAUCCAAACGUGGAGCCUUCCAAAGUCACUCUUCAAACUGAAAGGCCAUUCUUAAUGCUUCCACCUCUGAUGGAAUGGAUCCGAGUGGCAGUGGCUCACGCUGGGUACCGACGAAGCUUUUCCGUGGACAGCGAUGAUGUCAGACAAGCUGCUCGCCUUCUGCUUCCUGGUGUUGACUGUGAACCCCGACAGCUAAAAGCUGACGAUUGCUUUUGUGCGUCUCGCAAAUUGGACGCGGUUGCCACAGAAGCAAAGUUUAAACAAGAUCUCGGCUUUCGUAUGCUGAACUGUGGCAGAACAGAUUUAGUGAAACAGGCCGUUUCUUUGCUGGGUCCAGACGGAAUUAACAGCAUGAGCGAACAAGGAAUGACCCCUCUCAUGUAUGCCUGUGUCAGAGGAGACGAGGCCAUGGUUCAGAUGCUACUGGAUGCUGGCGCCGAGCUGAAUGUGGAAGUCCCCAUCACUGCCCAUAAAUGUCCUUCUGUCCAUCCAGAGACUCGACACUGGACAGCACUCACAUUUGCCGUUCUCCAGGGCCACAUUCCAGUUGUGCAGCUGCUUUUAGAUGCAGGAGCAAACGUAGAAGGCUCGUUAGAAGCUGGAGAAGAAAACUACUCUGAAACACCAUUACAAUUGGCAGCAGCUGCAGGAAACUUUGAGCUGGCCAGCAUACUGCUAGAACGUGGUGCAGAUCCCAUGAUAGGAACAAUGUACAGGAAUGGGAUUUCUACUGCACCUCAAGGAGACAUGAACUCUUUUAGCCAGGCUGCUGCACAUGGACACAGGAAUGUAUUUCGAAAGCUGCUUUCCCAACCUGAGAAAGAAAAGAGUGACAUUCUAUCACUGGAAGAGAUUCUCGCCGAAGGAAGUGACCUGCCAGACACCACGCAAACUCCAUUUUGCACAAGUCGUAACAGUAAAGCCAAGCUCAAGGCGCUGAAAGAAGCAAUGUACCACAGUGCUGAGCAUGGAUAUGUGGAUAUAACUAUUGAUAUUAGAAGUUUAGGUGUCCCAUGGACGCUUCACACCUGGUUGGAAUCUCUGCGGAUUUCCUUCCAGCAGCACCGACGGCCUCUGAUCCAAUGCAUGUUGAAAGAAUUCAAAUCUAUACAAGAGGAAGAAUAUACAGAGGAACUAAUUACCCAAGGGCUGCCAUUAAUGUUUGAAAUCCUGAAAGCCAGCAAGAAUGAGGUCAUCAGUCAGCAGCUGGCUGUCAUUUUCAGUCAAUGUUAUGGACCAUACCCUAUUCCAAAACUGACGGAAAUCAAACGCAAGCAGACUUCUAGACUGGAUCCCCAGUUUCUCAACAACAAAGAAAUGUCUGAUAUAACAUUCAUCGUGGAAGGAAGGCCUUUUUAUGCCCAUAAAGUGUUGCUGUUCACAGCCUCUCCAAGGUUUAAAGCACUUCUAACAAAUAAAUCGUCAGCAGAAAACAGUUGCAUUGAAAUCAACUAUGUGAAAUAUCACAUAUUUCAGUUGGUCAUGCAGUACUUAUACUGUGGAGGUACGGAGUCACUUCUAAUUAAGAAUAAUGAAAUCAUGGAGCUUUUGUCGGCUGCCAAAUUUUUCCAACUGGAAGCUUUGCAACGUCACUGUGAGAUCAUUUGCGCAAAAAGUAUUAAUACCGAAAACUGUGUGGAUAUUUACAAUCAUGCAAAGUUUCUUGGCACACCUGAAUUAUCAUCCUAUUGUGAAGGAUACUUUUUGAAGAACAUGAUGCUCCUCAUUGAAAAUGAUGCCUUUAAACAGCUAUUGUAUGACAAGAAUGGAGAAACAACGGGUCAGGAUGUUCUAGGAGACUUACAGAGGACGUUAGCAACAAGGAUACAAUCAAUACACCUAUCUUCUUCCAAAGGGUCUAUAGUAUAGAGAUGAGAUCUGCUAUAGAGGACUAUGUAUAGUGUUUACUCAAGAAGGCUCUCAUGAAGACUACAAUGCUUUCACUUGAUGGGGUCCCCCUUUCUUUCUGCUGGCUCAAGACAGGGACGUUUGUCCUCACCAAUAGGAGAAUAACCUUGCCAAAAACAGGUUAAUCUGUUUUUUUUAGGACACCUACUCCGUGGAAGACUCUGAAGAAGAAAAAAGAUGGAAUGAAGUUACCUAGAAGAAAGAAAAUUUACUUUAGAAAAAAAGAAAUAUAUCUGUAUAAAAAAUGUACCUUGAUGUAAAUUUAGAUGCCCUAUUUAAAUAGAUAUUUUAAAUUCCUCAAUAGUAUGCACCUCCUUCUCUGUGCAAAAAUAUAUAGCAGAUGCAGGUCCUGAACUGUUAAAAUAGGAGCAGUCCAAUGACAAGGAUCACCUACAAAUUUUUAACGGUGAAACUUUUUUCAAGUUUUCAUAAAAAAACAAAAUCAGGGGUGAUGUACGUAAAAAAAAAUCCAAAAAGUUGUAUUUAAUAUACACACACCCACAUACAUACAUACAGCUUUUUACUUCUUUUUUUUCCGACUGAUAUUUACGUGGAUCUCGACCACUGCUAUUGUCUUCUCCGUUUAGGUUCUAUAGUUCCCAAAUGGGCAAAAUUUGGGGAAAAACGGUUUACUUUCAAUAUUAACUCUUUAGGGAAAAAAACAUUUAGAAAUCGGCAUGCCGGUAGUUUCUUUGGACAAAUGAAGCAAACAUGCCUUUGCAUGGAUUUUUCAUUGUGCUUUUCCUUUUUUGCCAAGAAAUAUGCAGUUACUAGCUGAAAAUCCAUUUGUGAAGUACAAAAAAAAGACAUUUCUUGCUUCACUGUGAAUAUUUUCUUCGGUUGGUCGUAGAUCUUAGUUUCCCAUGACGAUGCUGAAGCGACACCUUCCUCUGUUUGUGUAAUUUAAGAUAAUUGUUUUUCUUUUCUUGCAUUGUAAAGGAAACUCUAUUGUGUUGCUGUAUUCUUGUACCACAAAGCCAUGUGUGUCACUACAAUACAAAUAUACAGUACAUACUCUUGCUUUGUUGGUACUCUAGAAUACACCAAGGUCACCAAACUAGGUUUACACAUGUAUGUUUUAUUGUAUGUGUCAGAUCUCAUUGAUGUGUUAUCAGUAACACAGCAUUGCAUAGUGCCACGUUUACCCCCCACCCCGGACUCCAUAGCUUAGCAAUCGAUUUGCAUGUUCAGACUGACGUGAAAGUUUGUGAGACUUUGGCCAAUGACAUUAGAAUUACAUCUUCAAGGGCAAAAAUAAUAAGAAAAAAACAGUGCCAUCUUUCUUGUAUACCAGAAUGCCAUGUUUUCAUGUGGCUUCGGUGACUGGUAGAUGUUACCAUCUCAUUUAACAAUGCUGUCAUUUUGUGUACAUUGUUUGAAUAUAAAUGUCUGGUGCUGUUUGAUGUUUAUGGCUUAGGGAAUCUCAAGUUACACAGGUAUUAGGGUAUCUAAAAACAUCAUAUAAAGCUGUUUUAUAGCUUUGAACAGUCAAUCCUUUUAUGUGCCUGCCUGGUCAAGUAUGUCAACCACAUGUCAAAUAGAUCACAAUAAACUGCCUCGCAAACAUGCUUUUUACAAUUAAGAGAUGGCGGCAUGACAACUUACCAAUGAAUUAUAAAUGGCUUGUCAACGGUUGUCAAUCUUUGGUUACACUCUGUAUAUAAUGUAUGAUGCUGAAAUGACAUGAUUUUAGUUGUUUAAAUUAAAACCUUGUGUAUUUAAAUUUCAAAACCAAAAGGCAGAUGUAGCCGUAGAUAUCCCAGCAGAUGUGUUGAUCACACCCAGCAAUGGAGCUUAAUGGAGAUGACAGCACCUGGGAUAGCCUGUUGUAUUAUGUUAGGAUAACCUUGACAUCUGCACAUGUCCUGUGACAUGUUUGCUACCAAUAAACUGUGUUGCUAGAGUUGUGUUGGUUGAAAUGGUGUCAAAUCUGGCUGUAAUUUUGAAUUCUGCCAUUUCCAUCAAUACUCCUUAUAAAGCUCUGUAACUUGGCUUGGGCGCCAGCCGUCCAUUCACUAAACCCACCUGUUUGCAAAUCGCACCCCUGACCUGGGGAAUCUUUUAAACAUUGUUGCUUCUGAGACAACAAUGGCUAUAUUCACUGCAAUCUGAUCCAGCACUUCUUGAUUGUAAUGGAACUUAAUGUGCACCUUAAACAGUUACCACUAUGAAUCAACACAGUCUUAGAUACUGGUUACUAGAGGGCAAUGUUUACAUUUCUGCAAAAAGCAGAUACAAGAGACAAUUGUAAAAAAACAAACAAAUGGCUGCCCCCUCGUUCUACAGUUGAACAAGAUCACUUCGGUUUUUUUACAUUAUCAGUACAGAAAACAUUUUUUUUCAGAGAUAAUCUAUGACAUGUGAUGCUAAAAGACAAGUGAGCUUUUGUCAGACCUAUUGGUGAUAGAUUCUCUUUAAUGAUGUCAUUAAAAAUGAUUCUUCACGUGUUGAUGGACAAAAGUUGUACUUAGUAGGUGGCUGUUUAAGAUGUUAUUGCAUAUGUGGAUUAGAUAAUGCUGCAAUUAAAUACAUUACAGGCACCUUCAGGAAGAAACUGUCAUAUUAGCAUGGGCUCAGAUAAUUAACCAACAUAUUGUAUUUAAUAAAAAAAUAUAUUGACAAAUA